CCCCAGUGCCCAAUGGCCCAUUCAUAUUGACUUGACUUUCAAAUACCAUUUAACCGUUGGUUUUCAUCUUUCCCGCCCAUCUUCCUCCCAACUCAUAGAGAAGCGGUAAGGAACUCAACGUCACCAAAAUGCGGAAACCACCAUUUUUAUUUACCAAAAUUCCAUUCCCCGCUCUAUUUCUCCUCCUCGUCUUCUCCUUAACCUUUCAAGUAAUUUCCCAAAAUCUAGAUGCUGAACGAUCAAUCCUACUAGACGUUAAACAACAACUGGGCAAUCCACCGUCACUCCAAUCGUGGAAUUCCUCAUCCUCGCCCUGUGAUUGGUCGGAAAUUACAUGCAUCGACAAUAUCGUCACUGAAAUUUCACUCAGCUACAAGACCAUCACAAAGAAAAUUCCAGCCAGAAUUUGUGACCUCAAGAACCUAAUCGUACUUGACGUCUCCUACAAUUACAUUCCAGGCGAGUUCCCGGAUAUUCUCAAUUGCUCUAAGCUCGAAUAUCUCCUCUUGUUGCAAAACUCCUUCGUGGGUCCAAUUCCAGCUGAUAUUGAUCGACUUUCACGUCUCCGGUACCUAGACCUCACCGCAAACAACUUCUCUGGAGAUAUUCCCGCAGCAAUUGGGCGGCUACGGGAGCUGUUCUACUUGUUUAUGGUUCAAAAUGAGUUCAACGGCACCUGGCCAACAGAGAUUGGUAAUUUGGCAAAUCUUGAACAAUUGGCCAUGGCCUAUAAUGACAAAUUCCGGCCUUCAGCCCUUCCAAAGGAGUUUGGCGCAUUGAAGAAGCUGAAAUUUCUGUGGAUGACGGAGGCGAAUUUGAUCGGCGAAAUACCGAAGAGCUUCAACAAUCUAUCGAGUCUGGAACGCUUGGACCUCUCACUCAACGAAUUGAAUGGUACGAUCCCGGUAGGCAUGCUUACGUUGAAGAAUUUGACCUAUUUGUAUUUAUUCUGUAAUAGAUUGUCAGGCCGCGUUCCUUCAUCGAUAGAAGCUUUCAACUUGAAAGAAAUUGAUCUUUCCGACAACCAUUUGACGGGGCCGAUACCAGCAGGUUUCGUGAAGCUACAAAAUUUGACAUGUUUGAAUCUUUUUUGGAAUCAGUUGUCAGGAGAGAUACCAGCAAAUAUAAGCCUCAUUCCUACACUUGAAACCUUCAAAGUUUUUAGCAAUAAAUUGAGUGGAGUUUUGCCCCCAGCAUUUGGCCUUCAUUCGGAGCUCAAAUUCUUUGAGAUUUUUGAGAAUAAACUAAGCGGGGAACUACCGCAACAUUUAUGCGCUAGGGGAACUUUGCUUGGAGUGAUUGCUUCCAACAAUAAUCUCAGCGGAGAAGUGCCCAAGUCCCUCGGGAAUUGCAGAAGUUUGCUCACCAUUCAGGUUUCCAACAAUCGCUUUUCAGGCGAGAUUCCUUCUGGCAUCUGGACAUCCCCGGGCAUGGUAUCGGUGAUGUUAGCUGGAAAUUCAUUCUCGGGGGCACUUCCAAGUAGAUUGGCAAGGAAUUUGUCCAGAGUGGAUAUCAGUAACAACAAGUUUUCUGGUCCAAUUCCUACUGAAAUCUCUUCUUGGAUGAAAAUAGGUGUUCUUAAUGCCAACAACAAUAUGUUGUCAGGAAAAAUUCCAGUGGAAUUGACCAGUCUUUGGAACAUCUCUGUUCUGUUGCUUGAUGGGAAUCAAUUCUCGGGUGAACUUCCAUCCCAGAUCAUCUCAUGGAAGUCACUCACUAAUUUGAAUCUCUCAAGAAACAAACUGUCAGGCCUAAUUCCCAAGGCAUUAGGUUCUUUACCUAGCCUUACUUACCUCGACCUGUCAGAAAACCAGUUCUUAGGUCAAAUUCCUUCUGAACUCGGUCAUUUGAAGCUUAAUAUCCUCAAUCUUUCGUCCAACCAACUCUCUGGGUUGGUCCCCUUUGAGUUUCAAAAUGCAGCAUACAAUUACAGUUUCUUGAACAAUCCCAAACUGUGUGUCAAUGUUCCCACUCUGAACCUCCCUAGAUGUGAUGCCAAACCCGUUGACUCCUACAAAUUGUCAACCAAAUAUCUUGUUAUGAUCCUAAUUUUCGCUCUAUCUGGUUUCCUAGCUGUUGCCUUCUUUACCCUGUUCAUGGUUCGACACUAUCACAGGAAGAAUCAUAGUCGAGACCAAACAAAUUGGAAGCUUACUCCAUUCCAAAAUCUGGAUUUCGAUGAACAGAACAUAUUGUUCGGUUUGACAGAAAAUAAUUUGAUCGGACGUGGUGGGUCAGGGAAAGUAUACCGAAUUGCUAAUGACCGUUCUGGUGAAAUCUUUGCUGUUAAAAUGAUUUGUAACAACGGGAGAUUGGAUCACAAGCUUCAGAAACCAUUCAUAGCAAAAGACGAGAUAUUGGGCACCUUACACCAUUCCAAUAUAGUGAAGUUGUUGUGCUGCAUAUCAAAUGAAACCACAAGUCUUCUUGUUUAUGAGUACAUGGAGAACCAAAGUUUGGAUAGAUGGCUUCAUGGGAAGAAGCAGAGAACAUCGUCCAUGACAAGUUCAGUUCAUAACUUCGUCUUGGAUUGGCCAACAAGGUUGCAGAUUGCCAUCGGAGCUGCAAAAGGCCUACGCCACAUGCAUGAAUACUGUUCUGCCCCGAUCAUACAUCGAGAUGUAAAGUCCAGCAACAUCUUACUAGACGCUGAGUUCAACGCGAAAAUUGCAGAUUUUGGAUUAGCCAAGAUGUUGGUCAAGCAAGGAGAGCCUGACACCAUGUCAGGAGUUGCAGGCUCUUACGGAUAUAUUGCCCCCGAGUAUGCUUAUACAACAAAGGUGAACGAGAAGAUUGAUGUAUAUAGCUUUGGAGUAGUUCUGCUUGAGCUGGUGACGGGGAGAGAACCCAACAGCGAGCACAUGUGCCUUGUAGAAUGGGCAUGGGAUCAGUUUAGAGAAGGGAAAACCAUUGAGGAAGUGGUGGAUGAGGAGAUCAAGGAACAAUGUAACAGAGCACAAGUGACCACUCUCUUCAAUCUAGGCCUCAUGUGCACUACCACAUUACCAUCCACUAGGCCAACAAUGAAGGAGGUUUUGGAAAUUCUUCGACAGUGCAAUCCUCAGAAGGACCAUGGAAGAAAGAAAAAGGACCAUGAAGCUGCACUCGAACAUACAUCGAGAUGUAAAGUCCAGCAACAUCUUACUAGACGUUGAGUUCAACGCGAAAAUUGCAGAUUUUGGAUUAGCCAAGAUGUUGGUCAAGCAAGGAGAGCCGGACACUAUGUCAGGAGUUGAAGGCUCUUAUGGAUAUAUUGGCCCCGAGUAUGCUUAUACAACAAAGGUGAAGGAGAAGAUCGAUGUAUAUAGCUUUAGAGUAGUUCUUCUUGAGCUGGUGACGAGGAGAGAACCCAAUAGCGAGCACAUGUGCCUUGUAGAAUGGGCAUGGGAUCAGUUUAGAGAAGGGAAAACCAUUGAGGAAGUGGUGGAUGAGGAGAUCAAGGAACAAUGUGACAAAGCACAAGUGACCACUCUCUUCAAUCUAGGCCUCAUGUGUAUUACCACAUUACCAUCCACUAGGCCAACAAUGAAGGAGGUUUUGGAAAUUCUUCGACAGUGUAGUCCUCAUGAGGACCAUGGAAGAAAGAAAAAGGACCAUGAAGCUGCACCCGAACAUACAUUGAGAUGUAAAGUCCAGCAACAUCUUACUAGACGCUGAGUUCAGCGCGAAAAUUGUAGAUUUUGGAUUAGCCAAGAUGUUGGUCAAGCAAGGAGAGUCGGACACCAUGUCAGGAGUUGAAGGCUCUUACGGAUAUAUUGCCCCCGAGUAUGCUUAUACAACAAAGGUGAACGAGAAUAUCGAUGUAUAUAGCUUUGGAGUAGUUCUGCUAGAGCUGGUGAUGGGGAGAGAACCCAACAACGAGCACAUGUGCCUUGUAGAAUGGGCAUGAGAUCAGUUUAGAGAAGAGAAAACCAUUGAGGAAGUGGUGGAUGAGGAGAUCAAGGAACAAUGUGACAAAGCACAAGUGACCACUCUCUUCAAUCUAGGCCUCAUGUGCACUACCACAUUACCAUCCACUAGGCCAACAAUGAAGGAGGUUUUGGAAAUUCUUCGAUAGUGCAGUCCUUAGGAGGACCAUGGAAGAAAGAAAAAGGACCAUGAAGCUGCACCCGAUCAUACAUCGAGAUGUAAAGUCCAGCAACAACUUACUAGACGCUGAGUUCAGCGCGAAAAUGGUAGAUUUUGGAUUAGCCAAGAUGUUGGUCAAGAAAGGAGAGCCUGACACCAUGUCAGGAGUUGAAGGCUCUUACGGAUAUAUUGCCCCCGAGUAUGCUUAUACAACAAAGGUGAACAAUAAGAUCGAUGUAUAUAGCUUUGGAGUAGUUCUGCUUGAGCUGGUGACGAGGAGAGAACCUAAUAGCGAGCACAUGUGCCUUGUAGAAUGGGCAUGAGAUUAAUUUAGAGAAGGGAAAACCAUUGAGGAAGUGGUGGAUGAGGAGAUUAAGGAACAAUGUGACAGAGCAUAAGUGACCACUCUCUUUAAUCUAGGCCUCAUGUGCACUACCACAUUACCAUCCACUAGGCCAACAAUGAAGGAGGUUUUGGAAAUUCUUCGACAGUGCAGUCCUCAUGAGGACCAUGGAAGAAAGAAAAAGGACCAUGAAGCUGCACCUGAACAUACAUCGAGAUGUAAAGUCCAGCAACAUCUUACUAGACGCUGAGUUCAACGCGAAAAUUGUAGAUUUUGGAUUACCCAAGAUGUUGGUCAAGCAAGGAGAGCCCGAUACCAUGUCAGGAGUUGCAGGCUCUUACAGAUAUAUUGCCCCCGAGUAUGCUUAUACACCAAAGGUGAAGGAGAAGACCGAUGUAUAUAGCUUUGGAGUAGUUCUUCUUGAGCUGGUGACGGGGAGAGAACCUAACAGCGAGCACAUGUGCCUUGUAGAAUGGGCAUGGGAUCAGUUUAGAGAAGGGAAAACCAUUGAGGAAGUGGUGGAUGAGGAGAUCAAAGAACAAUGUGACAGAGCACAAGUGACCACUUUCUUCAAUCUAGGCCUCAUGUGCACUACCACAUUACCAUCCACUAGGCCAACAAUGAAGGAGGUUUUGGAAAUUCUUCGACUGUGCAGUCCUCAGGAGGACCAUGGAAGAAAGAAAAAAGACCAUGAAGCUGCACCCCUGCUUCUAAAUGGCACUUAACCUGCCACUUUCAAGCAUAACGACAAGGGAUUUCUAUUUUUCUGUCAUUACUAUAGUGGGAUUUCAAAGAAAUGGGCUUCAUUUUUUAAACUUCUUAUUACCAGCAGGAGUCCCACUACCGUUAGCACCUUUGUUAGUAGUUCUUGAGCUAAUCCCUCAUUGUUUUCAUGCAUUAAACUUAGGAAUGCAUUUAUUUGCUAAUAUGAUGGCCGGUCAUACUUCAGUAAAGAUUUUAAGUGGGCUUGUGUCACGCCCAAAAUCUAGGUAACCCAAAACUCGACUCGUGACCUCAGGUCAAAAGUUUGACCCUAAGAGUUACUCCUAUCCACGUUGGCAAUCAACCAAAAUAUCCUGAUUUUUUUUUUCUAUUUUUCAAUAAAGUGUUUAAUCCCAAAUAAA